AUGAGUCUCGACGCGCCGAAGGAAUACACCAUAGCACAGGAGUCACCGACCGACUCUGAGAAAGCGGUGCACAUCGCCAGGCACAGCCCAGGAGAUGGCUACGUGCCCGAAAACUUUCGCGAGAAGGACUUUCUCACCCGCAAUGGCCUCAGCCUCAACAGUUUCCGAAGACGCGACUGGGGGACGGGCGUGGAGGAGCUUGAUCGCUCCAUGAAGUCCCGCCACCUGAACAUGAUUGCUAUUGGGGGCUCAAUCGGCGCUGGUUUCUUCGUUGGCUCUGGAGGAGCUUUGACUCGAGGCGGCCCGGCCUCUCUUCUCAUUUGCUUCCUCAUCACCGGAGUUAUGAUCUUCAACGUCGUCUACGCGCUCGGAGAAUUGGCCGUCAUGUAUCCCAUCAGCGGAGGGUUCUACACAUAUUCGGUUCGCUUUAUUGAUCCUUCAUGGGGCUUCGCGAUGGGUUGGAACUACGUCUUCCAAUGGAUCAUCGUCCUACCGCUCGAACUGACCGUCUGCUCCUUCACCGUGCAAUAUUGGAACAAAGACAUAAGCGUAGCGGUCUGGAUCACCAUCUUUUGGGUCUUCAUAAUCUUUAUCAAUGUCUUCGGGACCCUGGGCUACGCCGAGGAGGAAUUUUGGGCCUCCCUGUUCAAACUGCUGGCGACCGUCAUCUUCAUGGUCGUUGCCGUCGUUCUCGUUUGCGGCGGUGGACCCUCGAGUGGUAUCUACGACGAGUACUGGGGCGCCCGGCUGUGGUAUAACCCUGGUGCCUUUCAGAACGGCUUCCGUGGCUUCUGCUCCGUGUUUGUCACGGCGGCUUUUGCGUUUGCGGGCACCGAACUCGUGGGACUUGCUGCCGCCGAGUCCAACAACCCUGGCAAGUCCCUUCCGAGCGCCAUCAAACAGGUCUUCUGGCGUAUUACCCUAUUCUACAUCCUCGGGCUCACUUUCGUCGGCCUUUUGGUUAGCUCUACCGACGACCGUCUCCUCAACGCCGCCAACCCGUACGCAGACGGCACGUCGCCUUUCGUGCUUGCACCCCUGGAUGCCGGCCUGAUCGGCUACGACAGUUUUAUGAACGUGGUCAUUCUUGUCUCGGUCGUGUCGAUUGGUGUUUCCAGCGUCUACGGCGGCUCGCGAACCUUGACCGCCCUCGCUCAGCAGGGGUAUGCGCCCCGGAUUUUCUCCUACAUCGACAGGUCCGGCCGACCGUUGCCCUCUGUGGUACUCAACCUGGCCUUUGGUGCGCUGGCUUAUGUUGUGCUGGCGUCGUCUGGCAGCGUCGUCUUCGACUGGCUGCUCGCGCUGUCUGGUCUCGCUGCCCUCUUCACCUGGGGUUCUAUCUGCGUGGCGCACAUCCGGUUCCGAGCAGCAUGGACCCGACAGGGGCGCAGCCUGGACGACAUCCCGUUCAAGGCGAUCGGCGGCGUGUGGGGAUCGUGGCUGGGCCUGUUCCUCGUGUUCAUUGCGCUGGCGGCGCAGUUCUUCGUCGCCAUCGCCCCGCCCUUCACCAGCGACCUGGCCAGCGCCGAAGACUUCUUCAAAGCCUACCUGGCCCUCCCCGUGGUGCUCUUCUUCUGGGCCUGCGGCUACCUGUGGAAACGCCACGGAUUCCUCCGCCUCGACCAGAUCGAUCUCGACACAGGCCGCCGCGAGCACGACUGGGAGACCAUCAAUGCCUUCAGGGCCAGGGUCGCGACUUGGCCGUGGUGGAGGAAGGCGCUCAGUGCCAUCUUCUGA